UUCAACCUUGAGGAUUUCCCUAAACUGUCAUGUUCAAAGUACAAAUCCUUUUAUUUGAGGACGUUGAUCGUGCAACUUAGAGUGAGUGAGCUGAAACACACAACAGGGGGAACUAGCUGGUCCUCCCAUGAUUCAAUUCUUGUUCAGAUUGACGUCCAUUUUAGCACUCCAGGAUGAUUAACAUUAAGGAUGGACUUCUCAGAACCGUCUUUCUCCUAACGCUCUUUUGUGGAGGUCAGGUGCAGCAGAUUGGUCCACUACAGCCAGUCGUAGUGAUGGUCGACGAUGACAUUGUUUUGCCGUGUCAGCUGGAACCUCCUGUUAAUGCUGUUUCCAUGACGAUGGAGUGGGGGAGACCUGACCUGGAGCCCAGAUUUGUCUAUGUGUGGCAUGAUGGUCAAGAACUUCUGGCUGACCAAAACCAGGCGUAUAAGGGAAGAGCGUCAUUGUCCAUUGAUAGACUGAAGCUUGGAGACCUUUCACUGAACCUCUACAAAGUGACCAUCUCUGAUAACGGGAGAUACAGAUGCUUCAUUCCAAAACUAAAUAAAGAAUAUUUUGUUGAACUUCUUGUCGGUGCUGUCUCCUCACCUGGCAUCAGCUUAGCAGGCAUCCAUAAGGCCAACAGUGCAGUGAUGUUAGACUGUAGGUCUAAAGGCUGGUAUCCAGAGCCUGAGGUGGUCUGGCUGGACAGUGAGGGAAACCUCCUCUCUGCUGGACCUACAGAGACAGUCAGAGGUCCUGAUGACCUCUAUACUGUCAGCAGCAGAGUGACUGUGGAGAAGAGACACAGCAACAACUUCACCUGUAGAGUCCAACAGAAGGACAUCAACCAGACCAGAGAGACACACAUCUAUGUUCCAGAGGAUUUCUUCGUGGCCCAAUCUAAUUGUGCUGCUUCUAUUACCUUCAGUGUGUUGUUUGGCUUCAUGUUUGUUCUUGCAGUCGCUCUUUUUCUUUGGAAAAGGAGACAAAAUGAAAUCGAGAGAAGCAGAGAGGAGCUCUUGGAAAAUUUGGAAAAUAUGAAGUCAAGACUUACUGCAGAGUUGGAGAGCAGAGAGGAAGAACAGAAAUGUAUGGCACAGGUUAUUGAGACACUGAAGGAACUGAACAAUGGACUGAAGAAGCAGAAAGAGGAACUCAUGGUCCAAUCACAGGAGACAGGGAGACUGGUUGGGGAGAAUGAAAGCAAGGUUAAAUCAGUGGAGAAAGAAGUAACAGAUAAGGAGGGAGAUAAAACAGCUAACAAAGCACAGGGAUACUUAAAAAUCAAAGAAAUCAUUACACAGACCAACUGGAACCUGGAGGAGAGAAAGCGAGAACAUCAACAACUGCACAUUAACACAGAGAGACUGAUGAAGAGCACAAUGGAUGAGGUUAAAAUAAUAACAGAAAGGAAGAAAGAAGUAGAGAAACAAAUGAAGGAUAUAGAGAAACAGAGAGAGGAGAUUGAGAGCAAACUUCAGUCAAAGAGAGGAGGGAGAUUAUUGUAACACUGUUAUCUCUGUUAACAUUUGUCAGUUUUUUAUCUUAGUUAUUUUUCAAUAUUGUGGUUUUGUUUUUUCCCCUCUUUAAUAUAUAUAUAUUCUUCACCUCUUUAGCCAGAGGAUAAUUCUCUGAUGGGUAUUUGACUUUCCUGUGUGAGCCCUUUUUGUACGUGGCAUUCUGUAUAUAUUGUUAAUAUUUCUACUUCAUUGCAAUAUUGUUGGACAUAAUUCAGGCAUAGGCUGAUUAUCCAUUAAAAUUGUGAGAGGCUGCACCUGUUGUAUUAAGAUCCGUAUGCAAGAUUCACAUUAUUAUGUCUAUUAUGUUUUUGCUAAACCAAUCAAUGCAUGCAUGCAAAAAAUAAAUACACUUUGCUGGUCA